GUGCUGCCAUCCGCUAAAAUAAAACACAUAAGUUUGGAGGACAUCGAUAGAGCGGCGGCAGACGCUCACAGAUUUAUCGAGAACUAUAUUAAAACGGAAAGAGAGCUCAUCGAUAAGGGUGUAUUCCAAAGACACGGAUCAACUCAAUCGCAACACCAGGCCUUCUUCGGGCCGUUUGAUGAAAACCAAUUCCAGUUAACAAAAGGAGGAUUUAUUAAUUUGUUGACUACUAUUAAGAUAAAAGAGAGAUUUAAGUUGACUAACGAAGAGGCGAGGGAUGGGCUCUGGAAGUACUCAUUGGAAAACACAGAACUGGAAAAGUAUUGCCUUCAAGAGCCGGUUUGCAAACUAUCCAAAUAUAGGACACCCGACGGCAGUUGUAAUAACCUUCAGCGACCACUUUGGGGGAAGUNACACCCGACGGCAGUUGUAAUAACCUUCAGCGACCACUUUGGGGGAAGUGUUUCGAGGAUAUCAGUUACAGGCGAAGAGUUGCCGGGCGCUCGAGUCGUAUCAUUAGCCGCGGCCACUGAUAGCAAUAUUAACGAUAAAAAAUUUACCCUGUUUGUUAUGCAAUGGGGACAAUUCAUCGAUCACGACCUGACACUCUCGGCGUCCACCAGAGCGUCGACCGGUGAGGGACUGAUCUGUUGUUCCGAUGCAGAGACCGCUGGUGUUCGCAAUUUUAGGCACCCGUCGUGUCUCCCGAUUCCCAUCCCUAGAAACGAUCCCUUCUAUUCCAAACACAGGCAAACCUGUAUGAACUUUGUGCGCAACGCCCCCAGUCCUCGGGCCAACUGUGCUCUCGGACAUAGGGAACAGAUGAACACUUUAACCCAUAUAAUCGACGGAUCAAUGGUUUACGGAUCAGAUGCCGACCGAAUGAAGCACUUGAGAGAAUUCAAACGAGGAAGACUUCGGAUAUCAAUUGUAAAUAAAGUCGAGUUUUUACCUUUUGAUACACAAAACCGAAGCGACGAAUGCGCUGUCCCUGAAAGAGAUCGCUCACGAGUCCAAUGUUUUGUCGGCGGUGAUGUGCGAGUGAAUGAACAAACAGGUCUCGCAAUGCUUCACAAUCUGUUACUCCGAGAGCACAACAGAAUCGCCGAAAUAUUACUACAACUGAACCCCCGAUGGAGUGAUGAGACCGUAUAUCAAGAGUCCAGACGUAUUGUGGCCGCAGAGAUACAGCACAUCACUUAUAAUGAAUGGUCGCCUCUUAUCAUAGGUCGAUCCGUAAUGAAAGAGUUUAACAUUUUGCCCAAAACCUAUGGCUAUACCUUUGAUUACGACCCGAAACUGAACCCCAAUAUAAUCAAUUCGUUCGCAACGGCUGCCUAUCGUUUCCAUACUUUAAUCCAAGGAUUUAUUGAAUUAAUGGACAGCAAAGGAAGGGUUACAGAAAAACUUCAAUUAAGAAAUCUAUUCAAUAAUCCGCAGUCGUUGUAUAGAAACGGAGCUUUCGAUGAAUACCUGAAUGGCUAUGCGGGCGAACCCACGCAAACAUUUGAUAAGUUUUUCACACAAGAAUUAACCGAACAUCUAUUUGAAGAAAGAAAUACCGGAUUUGGUAUGGAUUUGAUUGCA